CUCAUUGGCUUGUGACCGUCACUUACUCAUCAUAUAAACCCAAGUGCAGCCACACACCCAUGCUUAGAAGCCACUAGAGACUCCACCGAGACACAGCACAAAAUCGCACCAUGCCAAACUACAAACUCACUUAUUUCAAUAUGAGGGGGAGAGCAGAAAUUAUUCGGUACAUAUUUGCUUAUUUGGACAUAGCGUAUGAAGACCACAGAAUAGAACAAGCUGAUUGGCCUGAAAUCAAAUCAACUCUUCCAUUUGGCAAAAUCCCCAUUUUGGAAGUGGAUGGACUUAUCCUUCACCAGAGCCUCGCAAUAGCAAGAUACUUGACCAGAAACACGGAUUUGGCUGGAAAAACAGAAAUGGAACAAUGUCAAGUUGAUGCCAUUGUGGACACACUGGACGAUUUCAUGUCACGUUUUCCUUGGGCAGAGAAAAGGCAAGAUGUAAAGGAUCAGAUGUUCAAUGAGCUGCUCACACUUGAUGCUCCUCAUCUUCUACAAGAUUUGGACACAUAUUUAGGGAAAAAAGAGUGGCUUAUUGGCAAUUCUGUAACUUGGGCAGAUUUCUACUGGGAUAUUUGCAGUACCACACUUCUGGUCUUUAAACCUGACUUGCUGGACAUCCAUCCCAGGCUGGUGACUUUACAGAAGAAAGUGCGAGCCAUUCCUGCCAUCGCUGACUGGAUACGACGGAGGCCCCAAACCAAACUCUAGCGGGUACACACCGCCUUCAAGCUGGGUCAUUCUUCCCAGAGUCUCUCUGGGAAGAUAGCUACAGUCUGCUACAUAACCCACACCCCACUCUCCAGCUCCACCAAGACUUUCACGUUAGCCAUAUUCUGCUCAAAAAAGGAAA